AUGGUCCAAUUACCCGCGGACUUCGGGCUCAAGGUUUCUGUGGGGGUCUUCUUUACAAGCUCCUUCUUCCUUGAUGCUACCUACAAUGCGACGUUCGCCUUCGAUCGCCCGGUCAACACGGCCAUCCUGGUUUGCAUCCUCAUAGGAAUCACUUUCUUAAUUAUCGGGCGCUUCACCACAUUAACGACUGCACCCUCAACACCUAUCAAUAAACGAUCGCGACUUCCGCUCGCCGAUCAAUUCGAACUUUCAUCAGAGUUGUCCUCGCGCUCUUCGCGCUCCUCUUCGCGCUCCUCCUCUCCCGCGCCCAUUCCAACUUUCGACGAACCAGCGCCAACUUUGCGCUCUGGGUACUGGUACAAAAUCUUCUUGCUUCUCAGCGCCUGUUGUUUGCGAAUUGAAUUGUUCCGCCAAGUCAGCCUCAACAGUGAAUGUGUGCCCGCUGGCUAUUCGUCCGCUAUUCCAUUCCUCGUUUCUCUAUAUGACUUCUGGUACUACCAACGAUUGCGCAUAAUAGACGAAUAUGUCUCGUCCCAACGACUUCAGAGCGUACCUGUUCAAGUGGUUCACUCGAUCUCUCGACGAGCUAUGUACUACUUGACCCAGAGUCGCUUUAGGGGAAUUAUGGCUGCUAGUUUAGUGUCUAUCGGUGGAUACUCAGCGGCGUCGUUUUUGGCUGGAAGCCAGUCCACAUACAUUUGUCCAAUUACCCUCCACACCGCAAACCGCAUACAAAUCAUCAGAGUCGUCAAUACCCUGUUGGAUUCUCUCAUUUUGGUUGGCUUUACCGAGCUGUGCGGAUAUGGGGCCGAUAAAAGCGAAGCGCGAAGAAAGCGAACGCUCAAAUGUUUGGGAGCCGGCUUAUUGAUAAUUGCAUUAGUUUGGUCAAUAAUCAGUAUCUGGGUUCCUCAGAGCCGCCCUGAGCAUAGCGGUCAGCCCUUCCUUGACCUCAGGUACACGCGCAGUGCUUUUGGGCAGGCUCUACUAAUUCUUGCAUUCGUCAUUUCUACCUGGAAAAUGCUGCCAUCUUACGGUAUCCUUGGUGUAUCCAUUCUUAGUGGCUUCAUGUUCUUAUACUUCCCUGCCGUCUCUACUCUGCUCUUCCAACAGCUACCGUACCCCUUCAUCUCAAUCGGCCAUGCCACAUUUCCCUUCAUAGCCGCUACAGCAGGGGCUGUGCUCUUUCUGCUAUCCCGUGUACUUUGUGUUGAAGAAACAAAAUCACUUUAUCGCACGAAUAUCACUCUUCAGGUCAUAUUCGCCACAUGUUGCUUCACGGGUCUUGUAUUCGCUGCCACCAAGCAUCAUUACUCUCAUACACACCCAAUUGAUCUUCUCAUCCACAAAGCGAAUGUGCAGUUUGAGAAGUUCACUGAGCAAGCGGGUGCUAGUACGUCUCUCGAACAAGCAGUCGAGACGUAUCAGGCCCGAUAUUCUCAGCACCCUCCACCUGGAUUCGACAAAUGGUAUGAGUAUGCCACAAACCGUUCCUCCGUCAUCAUCGAUGAUUUUGAUGAGCUUCACAAAAACCUUCUUCCUUUCCGAUCGGUCCCGGCGAAUGAAAUUCGUGAAAUGACACAAAAGUUAGCGACCAACCCCUUCAAUGACCUUGGCGCCAUUAGCAUUCGGGAUGGAAAAGCUAGAGUCCAGGAAGGGAUCAGGCCGACACAUGCGUGGAUGGUUCAAGCUGCAUGUACAAUGAUUGAGAAAUUCGCCGAGCACCUUCCGGAUAUGGAUCUGGUCUUCAACUUGAAUGAUGAGCCUCGAGUAGCGGUGCCGUGGGAGAAGAUAUGGCCAUACAGGCGCUACUCUAAAGGAAGGGAACAAGACUUUGAUCCUAACUUGGAAGUUAUGAAUGAGUGGUCUGCGGGUCGAGCGGAAGGCUGGGGCCCGAUCGAACCAGCCGACUCAACAACUGAAACUGUUUUUACGGACGCUUCGUGGAGGGGUGUCUUCGAUCCGUAUGUGAGCGCCGUCUGUCCACGUUCAUCCAAGGCACGCACACGCCGCAUUUGGAAUCGGCACGACGUAUGUCUAGGCUGCACACAACCCCAUUCUAUGAGCCAAUUUCCCAAGAGCUUUGAUAUUGCCUCGGACAUUUGCCACCAGCCUGACCUGGCUUUCCUUCACGGCAUGUUAAUCUCGCCAGCCUCAUUCAAAGUCUCCCAAGAGCUAGUGCCAGUUUUCAGUCAAAGUGCACUGAAAGGUUUUAACGACAUUCUCUUCCCAAGUCCAUGGAACUACAUCGACAAAGUAAAAUACGAGCCAUCAAGCGAACACCCCGACCCAGACUACGACAGAAAAGACAAUUCAAUCUUUUGGAUCGGCAGUACGUCCGAAGGCGUAAGUCGCUUUGGAGAAUGGAAGGGCAUGCCUCGACAAAGAUUCGCACAUCUCAUUAACAACAACACCGAUAACCAAGUCUCCGUACUUCUCCAAAACGGACCUAAAUCCUACAAGUACGAAAUAAUGAACGGAAACGAUCCCUCAGACAAAUUAGGUCUCAGCGCAGAUGUUCACGUCUCCUCAGUCUCCCGCUGCGACGAUUGCAGCGAACAAGAACUAGAGAUGGGACUUGCUCCCGGUAUUGACUUCCAAGACCACUGGUCCUACCGAUACCUAUUCGACCUCGACGGCGCCGGAUUCAGCGGUCGCUUCUUACCUUUCUUACAGAGUCACAGCCUGCCUUUCAAGACCGGCCUUUUCCGCCAAUGGUUCGAUUCUCGAAUGAUAUCUUGGUUCCACUUUGUCCCCGUUGACAUCCGUCUUCAUGGCUUCUGGAGUACGCUGGCGUACUUUGCUGGUGUAUCGGAUCCAAAAACCGAUGGCCAUGAGGCUCAUAAGCGUUCCUCAUGGAUGAAUGCACAUGACGAACAAGGUGCAUGGAUCGCUGAACAAGGACGAAAAUGGGCGGAGACUGCCCUGCGGAAGGAAGAUAUGGAGAUCUACUUCUUCCGUCUUUUACUUGAAUGGGGUCGUAUGACAGAUGAUCAGAGAGAGGUGAUGGGUUUCACCAUGAAGCUGUCAACCGCCGCUUGA